AGGAGGAUGUCGGCUCAGGAGCGGCUGCGGCGGCUGGAGGAGCUGCUGCUGGAGCAGAAGGAGGCGGGAUGCCUGAGCGUGGAGGCGCUGCUGGACCUGCUGCUCUGCCUCUACACCGAGUGCUCCAACUCCCCGCUGAAGAGGGAGAAGCACAUCACCGAGUUCCUGAACUGGGUGAAGCCGUUCACCAGCCGAGUGAAGGACAUGCGGCUGAAGAGAGACGACUUCGAGAUGCUGAAGGUGAUCGGAAGAGGAGCCUUUGGGGAGGUUGCUGUGGUGAAGAUGAAGAACACGGAGCGCGUUUACGCCAUGAAGAUCCUGAACAAGUGGGAGAUGCUGAAGAGAGCCGAGGUGAGUCCAGCCUUCCUCCUCCUCCUCUUCAUCACAUGUUGCCAACAUGUUGCCAACAUGUUGCCGGCGUCUCGCUGUGCAGACGGCGUUUUCCGGGAGGAGCGGGACGUCCUGGUGAAGGGGGACAGUCAGUGGAUCACCACUCUGCACUACGCCUUCCAGGAUGACAACUUCCUGUACCUGGUGAUGGACUACUACGUGGGCGGAGACCUGCUGACGCUGCUCAGUAAGUUUGAGGACCGUCUGCCUGAAGACAUGGCCAAGUUCUACGUGGCAGAGAUGGUUCUGGCCAUCCACUCCAUCCACCAGCAGCGGUACAUCCACAGAGACAUCAAACCGGACAACGUCCUGCUGGACGUCAACGGUCACAUCCGGCUGGCCGACUUCGGCUCGUGUCUGCGAAUGAUGGAGGACGGAACGGUGCAGUCGUCUGUUGCGGUGGGAACCCCGGACUACAUUUCCCCAGAGAUCCUGCAGGCGAUGGAGGACGGGAUGGGCCGCUACGGGCCGGAGUGCGACUGGUGGUCGCUGGGCGUGUGCAUGUACGAGAUGCUGUACGGAGAGACGCCGUUCUACGCCGAGUCGCUGGUGGAGACCUACGGCAAGAUCAUGAACCACGAGGAGCGUUUCCAGUUCCCCUCCCAUGUGACCGACGUCUCUGAUGACGCCAAGGACCUGAUCCAGCGGCUGCUCUGCUCCCGGGACCGCCGGCUGGGCCUCAACGGCAUCUCGGACUUCAAGGGCCACGCCUUCUUCAGCGGGAUCGACUGGGACAACAUCCGCUCCGCCGAGGCGCCCUACAUCCCCGACGUCUCCUCGCCCACCGACACCUCCAACUUUGACGUGGACGACGACGUCCUGAAGAACCCGGACAUCGGACCGCCAGUGUCUCACACCGGCUUCACCGGCCAGCACCUCCCCUUCGUCGGCUUCACCUUCACCACCGACAGCUGCUUCUCGGACCGCAGCGCGGCCGGCCGGGCGGCGCCGGGGGUCCGAACGGAGCCGGACGGCGGCGCCGGCUCGGAGGUGGAGGCGUUUGAGAAGAGGAUCCGGCGCCUGGAGCAGGAGAAACAGGAGCUCAACCGCAAACUGCAAGAGUCCACCCAGGCCCUCCAGGCUCCGGCGCGGGGAGGAACUCUGACCCGGGACAAAGAGAUCAAGAAGCUGAACGAGGAAAUCGACCGGCUCAAGAAGAAGCUGGCAGACUCUGAUAGGCUGGAGCACCAGCUGGAGGAGGCCGUCACGCUCAGGCAGGACUACGAAAGCUCCGCCUCCAAGAUGAAGGCCCUGGAGAAGCAGGUGAAGUCGCUGAGGCAGGAGAAGGACGACAUCCACAAGCAGUUAGCCGACUCCCUGGAGCGUCUGCGCAGCCAGACCAAGGAGCUGAAGGAGGCGCACUCCCAGAGGAAGCUGGCGCUGCAGGAGUUCUCGGAGCUGUCGGAGCGGAUGGCCGAGCUGCGCUCCUCCAAGCAGCGCCUGUCCCGCCAGCUGAGGGACAAGGAGGAGGAGAUGGACGCACUCAUGCAGAAGAUGGACGCCCUGAGACAGGAGAUCCGCAAGACGGAGAAGAACCGCAAGGAGCUGGAGGCUCAGCUGGACGAGGCGAAGGCGGAGGCAUCGAAGGAGAGGAAGCUGAGGGAGAACAGUGAAGUUUACUCCAAACAGCUGGAGACGGAGCUGCAGAGCCUGAAGUCCCAGCAGGGCCGAGGAGCCGCGGGUGGCGGCGGCGGCGGCGGCGCGGAGUCCCAGCAGGAACUGUCCCGGCUGAAGGCGGAGCUGGAUAAAAAGGUUCUGUUCUACGAGGAGGAGCUGCUCCGGAAGGACUCGGCCCACUCCGGCGAGAUCAAAACGCUCCGCAAGGACCUGCAGGAGUCAGAGGGGGCGCUGCUCGCCGCCAACAAGGAGCUGCUGCAGCUCAGGGACAAGCUGGACAAAGCCAACAGAGACAGGCAGAACGAGAUGGACGACGCCGUUGCUGCGUUGAAGGAGAAACACGAGCGAGAGAAGAACAUGCUGACCGAGGAGAACCGCAAGCUAACGGCCGAGACGGACAAGCUAUGUUCGUUCGUGGACAACCUGACGGCACAGAACCGGCAGCUGGAGGACGACCUGCAGGACCUGUCCUCCAAGAAAGAGAGCGUGGCGCAUUGGGAGGCCCAGAUCUCAGAGAUCAUCCAAUGGGUCAGCGAUGAGAAGGACGCCCGCGGCUACCUGCAAGCUCUGGCCACCAAGAUGACGGAGGAGCUGGAGACGCUGCGCAGCUCCAGCCUCGGGGCCCGACCUCUGGACCCGCUGUGGAAGGUCCGCCGCAGCCAGAAGCUGGACAUGUCGGCCCGUCUGGAGUUGCAGUCGGCUCUGGACGCCGAGCUGAAGGCCAAGCAGAUGGUCCAGGAGGAGCUGCGCAAAGUCAAGGCUGCCAACAUCAACCUGGAGAGCAAGCUGAAGGAGUCCGAGGAGAAGAGGCGGGAGGUGGUGGAGCAGGUGGAGGGUCUGAAGAAGGAGGUGGAGGAGAGCCGCUCCCGCUCCGACAAAGGCCUGAAGCUCCCAGACUUCCAGGACUCCAUGUUCGAUUACUUCAACACGUCUCCGCUGGUUCCGGACCUCACCUUCAGGGCGUCACUUUGCUCCGCCUCCUCACUGCUCGCCCUUUGGGAAGAAACGGGAGAUUUAGACUCCACCCCCGAGAAGUCGCUCACCACGCCGCCUUCCCGAUCCUCCGCCUCUGAGACCGAGGUCAUCCACCCACAGUUCCAGUAUCUGAAGGUUUGUGGUUGUAGAAAUUUGUUUACCGGCUGCUUUGUGUCAAGGACGGAAAAAACGGCGUCGGUUCCUGAAAGCCCCUCCCCCAUCCUACAGAGCUCAGCGAUGGCCACACCCCAGCCCAAAGCUCACCAGCUGAGCAUCAAAACGUUCUCCAGUCCCACGCUCUGCUCCCACUGCACCUCCCUCAUGGUGGGCCUCAGUCGCCAGGGAUACGCCUGCGAAGUCUGCUCCUUCAUCUGCCAUGUGGCCUGUAAAGACCACGCCCCCCUGCUGUGCCCCAUCCCGGCGGAUCAGGCCAAGAGGCCGCAGGGCAUCGACGUCCAGAGGGGCAUCGGCACCGCCUACAAGGGCUACGUCCGGAUCCCGAAGCCCAGCGGCGUGAAGAAGGGCUGGCAGCGAGCGUUCGCUGUGGUGUCGGACUGCAAACUGUUUCUCUACGACAUUCCAGAGGGGAAGUCCACCCAGCCGGGCGUGGUGGCCAGUCUGGUCCUGGACCUCAGAGAUGAAGAUCUGUCCGUCAGCUCCGUGUUGGCGUCCGACGUCAUCCACGCGACCAGGAAGGACGUCCCCUGCAUCUUCAGGGUGACGUCAUCGCAGCUGAGCUCGCAGUUCUCCUCGGUGUCGCUGCUGGUGCUGGCGGAGAGCGAGGAGGAGAAGAAGAAGUGGGUCCGGGUUCUGGAGAGCCUGCAGAACAUCCUGACCAAGAACCAGCUGAAGAGCCAGCAGGUCCACAUGCUGCAUGAGGCGUACGACGCAUCGCUGCCACUCAUCAAGACGGCACUGUGCGCCGCUGUCCUGGACCGGGAGCGGAUCGCCCUGGGAACAGACGACGGCUUGUUCAUCGUCGAGGUUACAAGAGACGUCAUCGUCCGGGCCGCAGACAGUAAGAAGGUUUACCAGAUCGAACUCAUUCCCAAGGAGAAGAUGGUGGCUCUGCUGUGCGGCCGGAACCGGCAGGUCCACCUUUACCCGUCGGGGGUUCUGGACGGGGCGGAGUCGUCCUUCGACACCAAGCUGGCAGAGACCAAGAACUGCCAGGUUCUGACCACCGGGCUGCUCCGACCCGGAGGCCCCGCCUGCUUGCUGGCCGCCGCCAAGCGCCAGGUCCAGUGCUACGAGAUCGGCCGGGCCAAGCCGUACCACAAGAAGCUGUGGGAGGUGCAGGCGCCGGGCACGGUGCAGUGGCUGGGCAUGCUGCGGGACCGGCUGUGCGUCGGAUACUCGUCCGGCUUCGCGCUCCUGGCGCUGCAGGGCGAGUCGUCGCCCAUCAGCCUGGUGAACCCGGCCGACCCGUCCCUGGCCUUCCUGGCCCAGCAGCCCAUGGACGCGCUGCACGCCCUGGAGGUCGGCGCCGGCGAGGUUCUGCUCUGCUUCAGCCAGCUGGGCGUCUACGUGGACGGGCAGGGCCGGCGCUCCCGGACCCAGGAGCUGAUGUGGCCCGCGGCGCCGCUGGCCUGCUGUUCGAACUCGUCCCACCUGACGGUUUACAGCGAGUACGGAGUGGACGUGUUCGACAUCCACACCACCGAAUGGGUCCAGACCAUCUCCCUGCGCAAGUUCCGCCCCCUGAACGCUGAAGGAACGCUGAACCUGCUGAGCUCAGAACCGCCUCGCCUGGUUUACUUCAGCAACGCCUCGUCAGAGGGAGACCUCACCAUCCCGGAGACGUCGGACCACAGCAGGAAGCUGAUGGUUCGGACUCGCAGCAAGAGGAAGUUCCUGUUUAAGGUUCCAGAAGAGGAGCGGCUCCAGCAGCGGAGGGAGAUGCUCAGGGACCCGGAGCUCCGAUCCAAGAUGAUUUCCAACCCGACCAACUUCAACCACGUGGCCCACAUGGGACCGGGAGACGGCAUGCAGGUCCUGAUGGACCUCCCCCUGGUCGGUGACCUCACCUCCCUCUCUCCCUCCCCGUCUCCUUCUCCCUCCUCCUCUUCCUCCCGUCACACCCUCAUCUCCCCCCCCUCCAACUUUGAGCACAUCUAUCACAUGACGUCGGCAUCGGCCGGCGCCUUCUUGCAGAAGGAGGCCUCCUCUUCCUCCUCCUCCCAGCAGAGCCUCCUGCAGCCUUCCUCCUCCUCCUCCUCUCCCUCCAUCUCCUCUCUGGGAAGGAGUGUGAUGCCCUCCGACGACCCAAUCAGAGACAAGCCCCGCCCACUGUCCAGCAUCUCCCGGCAACACAGGAGCAAGUCGCACAUCACGCGCACGGCUUCAGAUUUCAGUUCAGGAGCUUCAACACGCGGCGCCUGUGAACCGGACCUGGACCUGGACCGAGAGCCGGACUCGGACUCCACCAAACACUCGACCCCCUCCAACAGCUCCAACCCCAGCAGCCCCCCGAGCCCCAACUCCCCCCACCGCAGCCAGCUCACCCUGGACAGCCUGGACCUGGAGCCCUAAGCCCCGCCCCUUGCACACGUUUGGCCCCGCCCACCUCCAUGUCUGUUGGGGGCGGGGCUUGUCGAACAGACUGAAGACUGUGAGUUUAGCUUUUAUUUUGAGGAUUUUAUCAUGACAGAGUGAGUCUGAGGUUACUGCUGCUUUUACCUGCUGGGAAGCCCCGCCCCCUUCCCCGGUUUUACCUGGAUGGAUUUUAUCUGCUGGGAAGCCCGCCCCCUUCCCCGGUUUUACCUGGAUGGAUUUUACCUGCUGGGAAGCCCCGCCCCCGCCCCGGUUCGACGGCCCUGGGACCAGUCACUUCCUGUUCUUCCUCUUCUGUAUUAAAACACUUUCCAUGUGUUAGCCGCUCAGACGGACGGGAGGUCUCACUCUGAGGAAAAAAAGAAAAACACUGUAUUAAUUAUUUUAAAGUUUUGUUAAGCUUGCACAUCAUCAUCGUCGUUGUUGUAGGAGAAAAAAUAAUCUUUGAUUUGUAAAUGAUGAUCUUUACUCUUCCCCCUUCACCACCUUUAAUCUGACUCCGCCCCCUGGCUCCGGACAGGUAACAGGGGGCGGAGUCACACCUGGACACUACUGCUUUUACUUCUUCCAGAAUCAGUUAAAGAAUAUUUGUAAUGAUGAAAUGUUUAGCAGCCAAAAAACCCACAAUAAAGAACCAGAGGAGA